AAAUUUGCAUUUUCAUCUUGCGCAAAAGGCAAACCAAACACACAAAAAAUGCUGACACCGAUGAGGCCAGCGGUGGGUUGAUUGGCUGACAACCACGACGACGUCGACGGACGAGAAGAAACAGCUAGACACGCUUCAGUGCAUCGAGUGGGAGGAAGUGGAAGUGGAAGUGGAGUUGGCAGUGGGGAGCCGGAGCAGCAUCACCUGGCUCCACUUGAGUUAAAAAAAAACUGCAGAAAAAGCGCACUACAAACAUCCCGCCACAAUGACAAAUGUUUGGAGCGGAGCCAGGCUUUAGGUGUAGAGCAGGUUUAAUCAAACAACAAAGGAAGAGCCGAGGAGGCCAGCGAGGAGAAGGAGGAAGGAGGACACCACAUAGCACCUGAAUUGGCCAGGAGAAAGUUUAAUCAUGGAGAAACCGAUGCACCAUGCACCCGCUCCCGUGGGUAAGGUGAGCCAGAUAGCCAACAUCUUCCAGCGCAAGCCCAUCGAGAUCCAGCCGGUGGAGCAGCUAAGCGCUGUGGCUGCCGCCCACGCCGCUGCCGCCGCCGCUGCCGCCGCCGCCGCUGCUGCUGCCCACCACGCCCACGUCCAAGGAGCUCCGGCGGUGCGAACGGAAUCCCACUCCGCCAGGUUCAAUAACGCCCGGGCUCUGUUCGAGAAAUUGGGCGUGGAGUCCAACUCGAAUGUGAGUUCUCGACUGUUGAGAAGUGGUUCGCGGGAGGACAACUUAUGUGACGGCUCGGAUCGCUCGUCAUCACGCUCCUCCGAUCGCUCGCAGUCGCCGCCCAAGCGGAGGACUCCGUUUCCCUCCGGGGUAUCACUCGUUCACAACAACAACAAUGCAGCCAUUGUGGCCCAGAAUGGAGUGCCACCAGAGCAACGCUUGAGCAACAGCAAAUUUAUUGUGGAACCAGCGGCGCAAGUGGUCCCCACCUCGGUGGUCAAGUACCCGCAGCACAAUAUAUCCCGAUUGAAGUCGGAGGAGCCAUCGCCUGUUCCACCACCGGCCAGCGGGUCAGUAAGUGCUCUGUUCGCCAGUUCCGGCGGUGACAAGCCGGAGAAACCGGAGCGAAAGUUCAAUUCACGGGAGCUGAUCGAGAAGCAGAAGAAGUGGACCUCCCAUUUUACCAAGACCAAAACAACUCGGACGCACAGCGAUCUAAACCGCUGCGAUAUCAUACGUACAGUACCCGGAACCGGGCUGAUCAUGGAUAGCGAAAAGGUGGCCAAACCGGCAAUGGAACCGCCACAACCUCCACCAAAUGCCAGUCCCAAUCCGCCAAUGCGAUCGCACGCUCCGCCAGAAAUCAAGCCAAGGAGCGGGAAGAUUGGCAGUCCGGUCAAGUCGCCACCAUUGCCGCCCAUUCCGGCGGUCAAGCCAAAGAACGUGAGUCCGGUGAAGUUCAAUCCGGACAGGGUGCGUCAGUCGCCGACUAAAGCUGCGGAUAAUUCUCCGCCUCCACCUCCGGCCAAAUCGGCAGCUGUGCUUCAGCGAUCCCUGAUGCAGGAGCAGCAGGAGCUGCUGAGGAACUCAUGCGAUCAGGGAGUAGCUCCCAUUCCGCCGGAGAAGCCGCGUAAAAAGUCCGUAGAUCUCAUCGAGGAUUCUCUGCCCUUGACCAAUUGCUCCACGCCCUCAUCCUGCGCCUCGCCCACCAGCUCGUACUUAAUGCAGCCGGCCAAGAGGGGAUCGCUGGACGGUGGAUCCGGAAACGGACAGUAUCCCGGCAAUGGACUCAGUGGCAGCACCAAUUCGGCCACCUCUGGCUCACCGGUGGCCAGUGCCUCCUCGGGACCUUCGUCCCCAGUUCACACUGAAGAUGAAAAGCAGGAGAACGAGUCUACGGAGAAGUCGGAGAUGGAGUACUACCACGGAGGCAACUACAACAGUGUUCCCAGGCGACGACGCAGCGAAAAUGAAGGUCGCAAAUCUGUGGACGAUUCUUCGCCAUCGGCCAACAACUCCCAACAGCAGCAGCAACAUUCCAUUCCGGGCUCCGCCACCGGAUCUCCACAGCGAGUGGCCAACAAGCGCAGCAGCAUCACGGUGAACAUGCCAGCCGCCGGUCUUGGCCAGCGUCCCCCGAGCAUUAUAUCGACGACCAGCCAGGAGGAGGGUGGCUUCAAUGAGUCCAUGCCCGAGCUGAAGGCCAAGCUGCAGCCCGCCUACGACCAGACGGAGGAGCAGCCGCACAGCCUGAACUACGUGGACGUGGGCUAUCGCCUGAAUCCUGACGGAAGCGAAAGUCGCGAGGUUUACGGAUCGGAGGCUGAACUAUACGACACGGCCAAGGAGACCGAUAUGCAGCGCAAGUUCCACGGAGCCAAUGGUUUCGGCCAGGAAUCGAGCACGGUCUACGCCAUUAUCAAGACGGAUGUGCAGGAGUCCCAGCCAGUGGCUCCCUCAAGAGGCGUUCUCAUCCAGUCGCCCAAUUCUUCCAGCGUGGAGGGAUCUCCCCUGCAUCGCGGGUCGUAUAGUUCCCCACCCGUGGGAGUGGUUUCACCUAUAAGGCGGCGCAACAGCAGCAAUCAGGAUCAGAGUAUGGGUGGUGGAGGCAGUGCCAAGUCCACGCCCCAAUGUUCUCCCGCCCGUUCGGCCUUGGUGAAGGGCAUUGCCCCCAUUGCUUCCAUCGAUGCGCACGAAGAGGAGGAACUAGAUCUCGUAGAGGAGGACGAGCACCUCGCCGUUGAGUAUGUGGAGGUGCUGGAACUCCAGCAGGACGAAGAGGAGGAAGAGGCUCCGGUCCUUCCCGAGCGACGAGCUCCGGCUCAAGGCUCCCUGGAGCUUCAAGACUUAGAGUAUGCCGAUACCAGCGCUGGCGAGGAUGAGGAGGACAUCAUAAACCAUCUAAAGGACGGCGAUGUAUUGGAUGUGGAACUAAUCGACGAUGUCGUGGAUGAAGUGAUCAAGGUUCAUGUGAAUCACAGUGUGGCCACUGCUCCUCCGAUUCAAGCUGCUACUCCAGCUGCGGCGAUUCCACGGGAGGAUAGCCUGCCGGAUGACAUGACCGCCGCCGAGGCCGAAAGAUUGUUGAGCUCUAGCAUUUUGGAAAACAAAAUCAGACAACAGUCGCUGCUGUCGGACGAACAGGCCAAGGAAGUCGAGCAAAUACUCAACGCCGCCCCCAGCGUGGGCGUGGCAGUUGCUACCGUUGUUGCCACAGCAACAUCGCCGACCAGCAUCAAGAAUCUCAUUGAGGAUUUGCCCGGGCAAUCGGCAGGCGCCACCAGCUCUGCCAUCGGGGAGCAGGACAUUCAAAUCGCAGCUGUCCCAGCGAUUGUCGAGGAGGACGAGGACGAAGAGGAGGAGUUCCCGGAGAACGACGAGGAGGACCACGCCAGGGCCGAUUUUGAUGCUAACUGCGGUGACUCUGACGGCGAUUCCGAUGACGUUGAAGCCGUGGACAUUGUGGGCUAUGGCCAUGCAUCCACAGCUCUGAAUGCCACCUUCGUCAAGGCCGACAGCACAGAGACAGAGACCACCACUCCUUCGACGGCCACCACAGCCACCACUCGCCACGACGACGACGAGCCCGAGUGGCUAAGGGAUGUCCUAGAGGCACCCAAGCGCAGCCUAGAGAACUUGCUAAUCACCUCCGCCACUUCGUCCAGAGGACCUGGUCAGCGUGAAGAGCUUGAAAACGGCUACGAUCUAAAAGAGAAACAUUCCGAUCUCAAUCAAACUUAUGUGACUGGUGGGGAAUCAUUGCACGAGUCGAUAGUUUCCGUGGAGUCCACGCAAUCGGAUGCCACACUCAAUCAGACUACGACCAUCGACGACAGUAUCAUCUCCAGCAAGCACAAUUCCACCUACUCCCUGGCAGAUGCCGAACAGGCCACCAGCUCUACGGUUUUGAGCACUGGGGUUACCGAACUCGACGACAGUCAGUACUACAUCCCAGAAUAUCCGCCAGUGAGGAGCAAGGAGGUUCUUGUAGAGGCCGGAGUCCACUACUUCGAAGAUGGCAACUUCUGGAUGGAAGUGCCUGGUCUCUUAGACUUUGACGACGACGACUGUUCUUAUCCGCCCAUCACUGUACGCAAGAAUCCCAAGGUUCGCUUUAGUUCCGGACCCAUCCACGUGUACUCGACUUUCUCCGUAAACGACUACGAUCGCCGGAAUGAAGAUGUUGAUCCGGUGGCCGCUUCGGCGGAAUACGAGCUCGAAAAGCGUGUGGAGAAGAUGCACGUCUUCCCCGUGGAAUUGAUGAAGGGUCCUGAGGGUCUGGGUCUCAGUAUAAUUGGCAUGGGCGUUGGCGCCGAUGCAGGCUUAGAGAAACUAGGAAUCUUUGUGAAAACCAUUACCGAUAACGGUGCAGCAGCCAGAGACGGUCGCAUUCAGGUCAACGAUCAGAUAAUUGAGGUGGACGGCAAGAGUCUCGUGGGCGUUACACAGGCAUAUGCAGCAUCAGUUCUGCGUAAUACUUCCGGUCUAGUCAAAUUCCAAAUCGGACGCGAGCGCGAUCCUGAAAACUCUGAGGUAGCCCAGCUCAUACGACUGAGUUUGCAGGCUGAUCGCGAAAAAGAGGAGCGCUUGAAGCGUUAUUUCAGUCAACAAGAGGAGUACCUGCGCCGCACUCUCGACUAUUCCGAGGACUCCACUCAGCCGGUUUCGGCCAACUCGAGUGUCUGCGAGGGACCCUCGAGUCCCGUCCAAGUGGAACAUCCGAUGGAGGUGGAGGCUACCCACUCGCAGGAGGUAGAGUCGCUCAAGCGGCUUCUACAGGAGAGCGAAAUGGGUUGCCUUGUUAAAGAGGAGAUUAUUCAAAAUCUUAAACGAAAGCUGGUCAAGCUCGAGACGACGGGAAAUGAGAACGAACUGCUGAGCGAGCGACUGCGGCAAAGCGAGCGGGAGCUGGGCAACAUCCGGAAGGAGGCGGCCAAUCUGCAGAACAUGCUCCAGCAGUCGCAGGGUCAGUACAUGGCGCUGGACAAGAAGUACAAUAAGGCCAAGCGGCUGGUCAGGGAGUACCAGCAGCGGGAGCUGGACAUGUGCCAUCGCGAGGAGUUCUACCAGCAGCUGCUCCAGGAGAAGGACACCGAGUACAAUGCGCUGGUGAAGAAGCUGAAGGAUCGUGUGAUUAAUCUGGAGCACGAGCUGCAGGAGACGCAGCGCAAGGCCGGUUUCCCAGUGGGCCUGCCCUACGAUAGUGCCACUCUGAAGCUGACGCCCCAGAUGAUGCGUAAGACUCCGCCAAAGCCCCUCUUCCACAAGCUCGAGACGGAGCUGUCGGAUACGGAAAUAUCCGAUCUCUCACCCGACGGCGAUGGCGUUAAGACAGCCACUGUGGAGCGCAAGGUUCCGGUCAAGGACGAACUGGAUGCGGCAGUGCCGCAGCACGAGCUGCUGGAUAACUCGGUUAACAAGACCAAAAUCGAUCUGGCCUCCCGUGGUGGUUUAGCCAACCGCCAGUUGCCCUCAGCAAAUGGAAACAGUAGCACAUCGAAUGGAGCCGCUGUCGAUCUUGGCCAGCUUUCGAAUGGGAAUCUGCUCAAGCGCAGCCGGAGCAACAGUCGCAGCUCGGACUGCACGCUGGAUGACACGGAUGAGGAGGAGGAGCGAGAGGGAUCGGCAUUGAACCUGGCAGGGGCUCCUGUCGCCCAUGAAACCAUCAGCCUCUCCAAUGGCAACUCGCACCUGCUGGCCAACGUGAAUAAUCUGCUGCAGCACCAUCCGCCAGCAAUGGCCACUGUGGUCGCCACUCCCUCGAAUGGCCACCUGGGCACCACCACGCCCAUUCUGUUGAACUCCACCUCCUCCGCCUCGUCUAGUUCGUCCAACCAGUCGACGGCACGUGAGGCACAGAUCAACCAGCUGUAUGCCCAGGUGCACAAGGAUCCCAGCAAGCAGCAACAUCAGCAGCAACAACAGCAGCAGGCUCAGGCCGUGACCACCAGUAUUCCAAGCAUUUUCAAGAACGCUUUGGGUUCUCCGGCGGACAACGGGCUCAACGACUUUCAUCGCGGCAGCAUGACCACCUUUGGAACGGGUCCAGCCACCAGCAGCAAUCGUGAUCUCAACAGCUCGUACGACUCCAUCCUGGGCUCCAACGAUAAGCUAGCGGAUAACGAUCCUGCAGAGAGUUGGAUGUAUCCCAGCAGGAGACGAGUGGCACCAAAUGGCAGCAAAGUCCCACUACCAGGAUCCAGUUUUACUGAUCAACUCAACCAGGCGCUGUCCGAUCGAGAGAGGCGACUCGGCGAUGGAUCCUCGCGACAUUCCAGCGACGAUUACACGGAGAUUAACAAGAGCCAGAGCGCCGCGGCCAUCAACUGCAAGACGCUGAUCAACGAGAUCCGCCAGGCGGUGAACGAAGCACAGCCCAAAGUUAAACAAGUCGUUCCACAAUCACUCUCCCCGCCCGGCACAGUGCCCUGGCAGCAGCAGCACCACCAGCAAAUCCAGCAGCAGCCGUCCGCCCACACCACCGGUCCUCCGUCGCCCACCAGCAUGUCCUCGGGCUGCUCCUCGCCCGGAUACUCCCCCAGCCGGACCCUGGACCUGUCCGGUUCCAGCUCUAGUUUCUCCGAUCGCAAGGCGAUGGCAGCUGGGUACACCUACAAGGGUGGCCCCGUUCACGAAUGGACCAAGGAUCAGGUGGGACACUGGCUGAUGGGCAUCGAGCUGGAGCGUUACAUCCCCGUCUUCAAGGAGAACAACGUGGAGGGCGGAGCUCUUCUUACCCUAGACUCAAAGGACUUCAAAACCUUGGGUGUCUGUGGCGACGACAAGCAUCGGCUGAAGAAGCGUCUUAAGGACCUGAAGGCCAACAUCGAGAAGGAGCGCAAGGACAUGGAGAGGGAGCGAAGGGAGCGCGAGAAGGCCAUACGCAAGGCCGAGAAGAAGGCGGCCAAAAAGAAGUAGUUGAAUUCUAGUUGAUAAGCAUCAAAGUAGCCAAAAACCAAAAGCAUACGCAGUAUAUAUUGUAGUCUAUAUACAUACAUGCAUACACAACACACACAAGGAAAACAAGCGCGUAUAUAUAAACAUAUAUCUAUUCGGUUAUAUAUUUAUAUGCAUGUAAUGAUAAUAUAAUUUAUUUGUACAACAUAAAUCUAUUAUACAUACGUACUACAUUUUAACCUAUCGAACCUAAUGGCAACUAGACGUAAUUAUUCUAAAGGAAAGAAAAGCAAGAAAAGCAGCAAGUAGCAGAUCAGGGUCAGGAGUGGUAGUGUAGCAGUAGAUCUCGGUUAGAAAUGACCCCGAAUCCCACACUCAAACCGGGCCCAACAUCCAACCGAUGGCACUCAGACUUCCCCGACUAAAAAUCGAACUCACAACCAAAAGAAGAAGCUAAGUAACUAACGAGAAGGCGUUGGACUGACUGAUUUUAUGAUUAAUUUAAAAAGAAAAACAAACAAAAGGAAUUCUUUUUUAAAGCCAACCAAAACCAAAAUGAACCAUUUGAAUUGAAGUUGCAAACAAAAGCAUAGAACACUUAAGGAAUUCGCUGAACAGACUUGAACGGUGUAAGAGCUGCUUCAAAUAAAAUACGGAAUAUAAGGUUAAUAUUGUAAUAACGUUUAAGUUAAUGCAAGGCAGCACCCACGGGAGUGUCUCGUUUUUCUAAUUAUUAAUCUGUGUAAUUUAAUGACUAGCGCAUAUUCAAUAAUAUUCAAUUCUAGAUAUACAUAUACAUAUGUGUGUGUGCAACAGUUAGUUGUCAAGACAUUUACGAAACGUACUGUACUAUCCCCUAAAAAUUAAUGCUAAAGUAUUGUACUGUAUGCUAUGCCUGAAAGUCAUUUAAGUACUUAAGUAGAGAAGCUAGUGGAAGUGUGUGUUUUCUGUUACCAAUCGGCUGCCAGAAAACUAACUAACUAACUGAGAUGCAGUCGGUUACUUUUUCGAGCAGCUUCAGCAGCCAAAUCAAUGCAAAAUGUCCACCCAAAUUUGUUAAGCAGCCAAAAAGAAAAAGGAAGCAAGUUUCAAGAGCGAUUUCUAUUCGUUAGCAAGUAUGUCUGUGUGAAUGGGCGUGAUUGUAGCUUUAAUUUCAAUUUACUUUUUGUAUAAAUAUUUAUGAAACCUUUAGUAUUCGUAUUUCAUAUUCUUAAUUGUUUGUAUUUACUUCGUGUACUUGUGUUGUGUACGUAGUUUUAUUUACCUUAUAAUUUCGAAAUGUUGCAAUAAAACCGCAUACAUAUGCCGCGGUGUAUGUAUAACAAAUCAA